AUGGUGCCGCUAGGCGCGACAGGGUCGCUCGUGCCAGCUGGUCCAGCGGGGCCUGUCGCGGCGCCGCCCCCCUUCGGGACGGGGAGCGUGCAGGCCCCUCCGUACGGUAGCAGCGGGUAUGGCGAGAGCGGGUGGAGACAACCGUUCGGUCAAAGCUACACUGUGACCGCGAGCCGCGUGCAGGCUCCCCAAGCGAUCGAGGAGCCGGCCAAGGACGAGGAUCCGGUCUACGGCCCACUGGGGCGGGCGCGAGGCAAGAUUGAGCGCGCGAUGGUGUCGGACAACGAGAUUUCACUGGACCUUGUUGACAAGCUCCAGCAGCCGACCAACGAGCUCUAUGUCCCCCCACCCUCUACAUCGGCUGCGUUCAACAACGCCAAGCUCGUCAAGAACAUUCCUCUCCCAGAUGCGCUGCAUCAGGAGCUCCAAUACAAGCACACGACAGCAAACAUGGGCCUGUUUGAGGAGAUUGAGCGCGCAUGGUUCACAGUCGACAACAAGCUGUUCCUGUGGGACUACACCGACGGGCGCGACUUCAGCCGCUACGACCAGCAGGACUCGACUAUCUACUCUGUGGGUCUAGUGCGUGCUCGCAAGGACGUGUUCGUGGACGACAUCCACUACCUCCUCGUCAUAUGCACGGCAACAAAGGCAACUUUGCUCGGCCUCUCUCGCUCCGCCAAGGGUGAGCUGUCUUUGUACGCAACGAAUAUGUCCGUCGAGGCGCCGACUACCAUGACGUGCAUCCGCGGCACCGACUCGGGACGCAUCUUCCUCCUCGGCGUCAACAAGGACAUCUACGAGCUCGAGUAUUCGAUCAGCAGCGGCUGGCUGAGCAGCGGCUCCAAGGUCUGGCUCACGAACCACUCGAGCGGGUACUUGAGUACAUGGGUGCCGAGUGUGCUACAGGGCGCCAACCGCGAAGGUGUCGAAAGUUUCGUCGUCGACCCUCAGCAAGGCCGAUUGUACGCGUUGCACACGAAGGGCCAGUUGGAGUGGAUUGACGUGUCGGGCACCAAGUUUGAGUCGCGGUCGCGCCUCAACAACUUGCGCGACCACUUCUUGCGCGCUCGCCUCACUGGGGCGCUCGGGAAUGCUGGCGCACAAGUCGUGGCGAUUGCGCCCGUCCCGGCAAACGAGAGCAAGAAGGCGGCAGUCGUGGCCAUCGCCGCCAGCGGUGCGCGCGCAUACAUCGGCACCACGGGCUUUUACUACGGUGGCGGCGGCGCCUUCCAGAUUAUCGCGACUCGUCCUCCCCCACCAGACGUGGCCAAGGUGCUCCCGCAAUCGUUCUACUCGUCCGGCACGCUGCUGGCCGUCCAGCCCAACACUGGGGCAGCCACCGCAUCGUCCAUUGUUACAUUUGCCACCCCAGCCGUCGGCAGGCAGUCGGCUAUGCGCGAGAACUUUGACAACUACCAGGCGCCCGCGCUGCAGGAGUGGACGUCGAGAAUCCUGAUUCCUGCUACUGUGUGGACUAUUGCCGAGGUUGCGUCGACCAACCCGGCCCGGGCAUCGCCUGCGCUGAGAAGGGAGGACGGCAUCGAUUUGACUGAGCUUGCGCGCGAAGCCACCAUCGCUGCACGCCAGUUCCUGCUGCUCACCAACUCGGGUCUGUUCCGCGUCGAGCAGCCCCGUCCUAUCGACAUGUUGGAAGACGACCUCGAAAUUGAGAAGGAGCAGGCAGUCAUCGUAGCGCGCCAGGCAUUCGGCCGUGUGCAGCUCGCCGGAAUGGCCGUGCUCAUGGGCACAUCGGGCCACAAGCGGCAGAUCACUGACCUCGUCACUGCCUCCGUGAACAUCCUCAUCGCCGCCGAGCCCCCUAUCCUUCAGACGUCGACGACCGGGACGCGCUCGAUCAUCUACUCGCCCCGCCACGACGGUCUCGCCGCCACACUCGCGCGCUACCUGCGCCCCAUUUGGAAGGCCAAGGUCGUCGCGACCGUCCCCGGCCCGGUGCGCUUCAAGCUCGGCGUGAGCGACCGAGAGCUACUGGACGUCCAGGGUAAUCUCGCGGACCUGCUCCGCUUCCUUGAGAGCCACCCCUUCCCGCGCCACCAGGCCGAGGGCGACGGCAAGCGUGCAUGGGAUGCAGAGGAGGCGUCGAUCGAGGGCCUCAGGCUGCUGCUCAAGCAGGCCAUCGAGGCGAUCUCGUUCGUUCUGCUCAUUGCCGACUAUAAGCUGCCGGACGUGAUUGCCAAGUGUGACCAGGCGACGCAGGGCACUCUGACGAGCCUCUCGUUUGAGAGCCUCCUCACGAGCCUGGGCGGGCGCAAUGUCGCGCGCACGCUCGUCACAGCGCUGAUCGAGUUGCAGAUCGGGCAGGAGCUCGGCAUCGAUAACCUCAGCGCCAUUCUCCAGCAGCGUUGCGGGACAUUCGUGCAGCCCGGCGACGUGGUGCUCUACAAGGCUGAGGAGAGCCUGCGGCGCGCCGAGAGCACGCGCGACGCGCUUGAGCGGGAGGAGAACAUUGCCGAGUCGCUGCGUCUCUUCAACCGCGCGGCGGGGAGCGCAGCACGCAGCGUAUACCCCCGCCUGCCAGACGCUACGCGGAGAUACCGCGCGCUCAACGAUGUGCGCGGCACGAUCGAGCUGCCGCUCCGCGUUGCCGCGGAGCUGGACCCGCAGGACAAGGCAGGCGACUACGUCCGCGACGGGCGCAACGCGGGCGACCCACGCGUCGGCUUCCUCGAGGAACGGCAGGAGUGCUACAAGCUUGUCGUGGAGGUGCUCGGGAGCUACGACGACGCGCUGGACAAGGCGACUGCCGCAGGACCUGGGCAGGGUGGGUCAAGCGCAGGAACACCGCUGACAUCAGCUACGGGUGCGAUCCGCAUCCGCGACGAGGCAUAUGGGCUCGCGAUCAGCUCCAACGACGAGCUCUUCCACUUCUACCUGUACGACUGGAUCUCGGCGCUUGGUCGGGCGGACCAGCUCCUUGACUUCGAGACACCCUUCAUCGAGAGCUACCUGCGCGCGACAACGUCGAAUGUGCCGGGCCGCCGCGACUUGCUGUGGAAGUACUAUGCGCGGCGCGAGGAGUACUUGCCCGCGGCCAAGGCGCUGGCGGACAUGGCGUCGCGCCCAUCAGACAUGUCGCUACAGGACCGCGUGUACUACCUCGCGCAGGCGCUGACGAACGCCAAGAGUGCGGCGUCGCUCGGAGCCGAGGACGUAGAGUUCACAACGGGCCUGCAGGAGCGGCUGGACGUCGCGCACGUGCAGCUUGAGGUGGUGCGCGCAGUCGAGGGGCACCCGGACAUGACCCCCUCCGAGAAGGCCGACUAUCUCGUCUCGCUCAACGCGGACCUGCUGUCCCUCGACGACCUGUACCAGAACUUUGCGCGGCCGCUGCGGCUGUACGAGCCCAUCCUCCUGAUCCUGCGGACGGCAGACACGCGCGUCGAAGACGUGGUGAAGGCCGUGUGGACCGAGCUCCUCAAGUCGCCGCACCCGGCCGAAGUAACCACGGACCUGUGCCGCAAAUUCUACCCGUCCGAGGGCGCCCCGCCCGACCUCGUCCUCCCCAUUGUGUACGGGCACGCGUCCGAGGUCGGCGGCGCGCCGGGGUGGGCGACGCGCGCGCUCCUCGCGGGCGGCGUCGCCCUCCGCGACCUCUGGGACGCUGUGCUGGCGCUGCAUGACGAAACACCCUCCGAGUUCUAUGCCGAGGAGGCUGCCGCCGUCCUCCAGCGCUGGCUGGACACGCCGCGCGCAGAGCAGGACCUCCCCGCCGCAGAGGUCGAGAACUUUGCGUCAAAGUACAUCCUCCGCACACAGGGCCAGAGCCUCGACGCGCGCCGCGCGGAGACGCGCAAGGUCAUGCAGUCGGCCAAGGCGGCGGCGGGGCGGUUCUAG